AAUGAGCUGUGCGCUCUUAGUUCUGUUCACUUCAGAGAGAGUCGAUUUAUUCACAAGUUUUUGUGCUAGUUGUUUGGACAAGUUGAUUUAUUCAGAGGACUACAUUAUAAAGGGUAUUAGGAAAAAGUGUUCGGCAUACAUAUUCAACGUGAUUUACAUAAGUAAGACGAUUGGUAAGGCACUUCAAUAGAAUGUCGCCGUGAGUUUUGAGUGUCGGUAUCAUUGUGGUAUAUUGACAUUUAUCCCUUUCGUUUAUUGAUACUCUUGAUGGGGAGACCAUUGAAGACCAUCUGCAGCACGGCAACAUUGCUAGCUCGUAUUGGAACAAACUCAAUACGGUUUUUUAUACUCCACAGAAACAUUUCUAUGUUGCGUAUUAAGAUAUCUAAUAAAUGCGAGCACUAUAUUUUACUUUGAGUGACAUUUUGUGAGCAUUGCUGAUUGUAUAAUUUACAUGCGGUAAACUGAUUCGUGUGUAUGAACAUUUUCUGUCGAGAGGAAAAAAAGUAAAUUUCUGUUUUUCACAUUUCAGAAAACUCCCAUAAUAUGAUAAAUAGUUAAGAAUAAUUUAGUAGGCAGGGGAGUAGAGAUCACAGUUAAACAAUAAAAACAGUUGUUUAAACGUGCAUAAUUAAGCAAGAAAAUGAGGUCAAAGUAUAUACUGUGACUAGCGGCUGGUUCACUUCUAGGACUCCAUCUAAUUUGACGAGUUUUAAAUCCCAGUUGGUGUUUUAGUGUUGUUCAUUGGCGUAACUAUAUGCUUCAUUGCAAGAUUGGAUUAUGCAUUUAUCUUAAUUAAUUAUUAAACAGUCUUAGACAUGAAUUGCGGCAGGUUGCAUUUCUAGGUGCAUCAAAUGCGCAUUGUUUUUCAAGUCUAAAAUAAUGGACAUGUUGUAUUUCGGGGACUCAGUGCCCUACUCUUACCAGACACCCUACAAACAGGGGUUUGGCUACAAUCAUGGAGAGUUUAAUAACUCGUGUGCUUAUCAGUCUGUCGGGAUGGGUUUAAGUGACAUGGCAGCUUGUCGUUAUAGUUCUAUCCCGGCAAUGUCGUCGGCUUAUGGAAUGUAUGCAUUCCAACAGGCAAAUUGUGCUAACCUAUUCGCGAGAAAAGCCGGAAGAAUAAAAGGUCAUGGUGGAGUGAAUCAACUUGGUGGUGUGUUUGUUAACGGGCGUCCAUUGCCUGACGUGGUACGACAAAGGAUUGUAGAGCUGGCUCAUACUGGGGUCCGGCCGUGUGAUAUCUCGAGACAACUUAGAGUUUCACACGGCUGUGUUAGUAAGAUACUCGGCAGGUAUGGACAAACAAAGUACUAUGAAACAGGAUCUAUAAAACCAGGUGUCAUUGGAGGUUCAAAACCUAAGGUGGCCACUCCGGCAGUUGUCGAUGCUAUCACUAGGUAUAAAGUUGAAAACCCAACGAUGUUUGCCUGGGAGAUUCGGGAUCGGUUACUAGCAGAGAAUGUCUGUUCUAAUGACAAUGUACCAAGUGUCAGCUCAAUUAACAGGAUUGUACGGAAUCGAGCGUCCGACAAUGCUCGGAUGUCGAAGGAUGGAAGCUCUCCGGUAUCUGGGGAAGGUGGUACUCCCCACGGUUCACCUAAUGGUCAAGGUGGAACCUAUUCUAUCAACGCAAUAAUGGGUCUUCCUCCACAAGGAAAUUCCCCACUCACCGAUCACAACGGCAAUACAGGAACGAAACGAAAGCACGACGAAAACGUUCAAAAUGGGCAUGAUCCUGAAUUAAAGGCUGACCAACUUUUAAAUAACAACAAUAUAAAUAACAUGGACAUUUGGUAUAGUCGUCCAGCAAAAACAGCACGGUCAGAAAAUGGUGUAGUAAUGACUGACCCUACACAAGCAGUUAUAAUGAGUAGUAAUGGUCAGCUUUACAAUGCACAGAGUUUACACCCACCACCCUACGUAAGUUAUGUUAGCGGUAAUCCACCUAUAAAACAAGAGUACACCUCCUCUCCUACCCUCGAAGACCAGAACAGAGAACAACAACAACAACAAAUGCAGCAACAUCAUCAACAACAAAAUGACAGCGCCCCCACAGUCACAUACAGUCCCACUAUAGUUGAUCAAAACAAGGGUAAUUCACCGCACGAGAUUCACGGACAGGCCGACUCACACAGUAACGAUUAUGAAGCUGCGUCGAAUAAUACUGAAACCACAUCAACCACCAAUCCUGCUGCUAUAAAUAGUAACACGAGCUCGGCUACGUCACCGUCGCCUAAGCCAGGCACUCCGAUUAGCGGGAAUUUAACGGAAUUGACGCCUGUACAACCUACAUUAAGUCAGGCUUACACGCCCUUGCCAUCAUUUCCCGCUCAAUUUUCAAGUCAAGCUAGUACAACAUAUACUAGCGCAGUGUAUACAAAUCAACCAGUUGUUGGAACUGCUGUCCCUUCAGUCGUCUUGCCUCAAGUUACCUCCGCUCAAUAUACAGGCUCAGUGCCCGGAAAUACCAGCGAAUACUACCAGACCUCGGUGCCAUAUACUCAAUAUAAUUCUAAUCCAUACAGUGACCCUCAAUGGGCGGCUGCAGUCAGAUACGGGCCAAGUGGCAUCAUAAAUCCUCAGUACUAUUACCAAGCAAAUGCUGCAUCGUCUGUACGGACGGAACAGUCUGUGGCGUCUGGAGUUCCUGCAAGCCCUGAGAAGUCAUAAAAUAUAUCCCCUCCAUUACUGCACAUGGUCGGUGCCAUAUAGUGCUGUUUGCUUGAUUGAGGUCAACAUUGACCACAAGAAACAUUGCAUUAACAGUGAAAUUGAGAUUAUUAGAACUGCUGUAAAACAUGGAUUUUAUCGGUGACUUAAGUGUCGGUCCAUAUCGCUACAGACAACGAGGUUAUCAUCAAACACGUUUCUGUCGUGUACUAUGCCGAUAGUUAAACAACUAAUUGAUUGAUAACAAAGUCUGAUACAUGGAAUCUUUGUCUGUAAAUGUAGUUUUUAUUCAAAAGGCGUUAUUUCUCAAGCUAAAGGCGCUUAGUAAAUAAAGUGACUUAAAGAUGAUCGGAAAAGAAAAACUUAACAAACAAAAACAACAAUUAAAUGAGAUAAAGACAAGUACAUGUAUAAAACAACGACUACAUUAUGUAUUUUAUUACUUAGUAGUAUUUCUUUGCAGAUAUGCUUGGCAACAACUGCAGAAAGUGAUAUUACUUAUCAUAGAUUAACUUAUGAGUUGGUUGUGGAUGUAAAAUGCUAAAAGUGUCAAUUAAAUGAUGAUGUGCAGAAAUGGGGGAUAUUGUGAACACUUAACAAUAGUUUGUCCAAAUAACUAUAAUGUGUUGAUAUGAAAGGCUGUAUGGUAUCUGCAUUACCUAUAUUAUAUCAAGACAAAUACGGUGUAUGUUGCACUUAAUACUUCAUGCCAGUAGUUAGAUAUGCUGCACUUGAUAUGAGAUAUUUGUUUUGCUCUGGAGAAUGCAUCUUACACUGAUCUUAUAUAGUAUAUGAUGCAGUCAUACCGUGUAAUAUUCAAAUUCAUACAAAUUACAUAUAGUACUGAAUGAGAGGUUAGUUUAGAGGCUCAGUAGAUGUUUUAGACAAAUUUUGAAAAAUGGUUCUUAUACAUUUUGUAAAUAACACGUUUGUAAUUUCAUAUGUAUUUUAUGUAUAUUUUAUUCACUUGCAAUUUAUUUUGCAAUACAAAAGUACCUAUACAUACUCAAUUUUGACAUAAUAUUUUGUAACUAAAAUGUCUGUGUGUAUGUGAGCUCGUGCGCAUGUGUGUGAUUGGUUUUUAUGUUGUUAUAUGAAAGGAUAUUUCCACAUGACUUACACAACCAAUGCAGUCUUUGAAUAUAAAUAUAGACAGGUUGAGAGUGUGUUCUUAUGCUUUGUUUUUUUUCUACACUUAAACCUGAUAUUUGAUGAACAUAAAUGAGGGUAUAUAUAACAAUGUUUCCAUUGUGAUUAGUGAUACCUCUUCUGUUUAUAUAAUGCUUAGUUUAUAUACAUGUAUAUAUGUGUGUUGACAGCAACUAACAACAAAUAAAAUAUAGUCUCUAGUCUUCAUUUAUACAAACAAGUGAGCUGCUACAGUAAAUUACAUGACAAUUUAAGACACCCUUUCACCAUAAAUGUUUGUACACUGUAUUGUUUUCUAAUUAUGACAUAGAUAUAUUACAAAGUUACUUAUUGAAAUUGUAAAUAUUUGAAAAUAUUAAUUAAAAUAUAAGAGAAGAAAUGAUUUUAAGUAAAUAUAUAGUAACAUAUUCAAAGAAGGAGGACUUGCUGGAAGGUUUUAGUUAUUUAAAAAUGGGGUUAUUGAUUGCCAAUUCAUUUGUAUCAGGGAAAACGCGUGAAUCUCGUAUAUAUAAAUGUAUUUACCCCUUUCAUGACAUAAUUUGUCUCGAUCUUAUAAUAAACAUUAUGCAUAUCACAUACUGUAUUGUUUAGAUAUAUAUAAUUUUACAUUUAUUCUUGGUAAAAUACAGUGUCUAAUGGUGAUUCAUUUUCAUUCAAAUGUGAAAUUUUGUGCUUCAUUUGUGAAUUGGUUUUAUGAAAUAUCUUCUAUUUAAAACGUUUCCAUAUAAACAAAAAAGAAAUGCAUAUUUUUACAAUGUAUUGAUUUCGAUUAUAUAAGUAACUGAUAUAACAUUUCAGAUUUCUUUUUUAUCUAAGUUGAUUAUAUGAUGAAUGACCUGACCUAUUCCUCAUUUUAUAUUGUAAUAUUUAAGUAAUGACCUAAUAGUAAUGCUAAGGCACAAACUGCUCUCUUCUAUAUUAGAUACUGCAAUGCUACCAGAAAUAGGAUUGUGUUGUCUUAUAAAUGCUUCAGAACUGAUACCUAUACUGAGAGGAAGGGGGAACACAUAACCGUUCAGAUGAAUUCACUGUCAUAUGAUGAACAUUAAAUUUUUAUCAUUAAUCACAAAUGUGCAAUAAAGUUGAAAAAUGUAUAUCGUAAACUUCCAUUUCAAAUUUGUGAGAUACUUUAGGGUACUAGGGGUAGAAUUUCUUGCACAAAUCGCUCAUUCAUUGUUUGCAUAUUUAUAUAUGUUAUAUCAUGUGCAAGCAAGACAAACUAUAGUGUUUCAGACAUGAUCUCAAAAAUUGUUUUGUUUCCUUUUGUCAUAUAAAAAAUCUGUUCACUUAUAUUUCCAUGUGUUUUCAAUUUACCUCUAAUUGAAAUGUUUUCUUUUGAAUGAAAACAUUUUGAAAUGACUUUCAUGUUCGACAUUGUAACGAUGAUAAUACUAGUAUAUCGAUUUGAAUUUUGUGCAGUACUUUUUCAAAAUGGAAUCAUUUAAUAUUUAGUGGGUUUUUUUUCGCAACAUUAACUGUAGUGAAUGAUUUUCUCGAAAAAAAAAUUUUUGAAUAUUUCCACAUUACUUCAAUAAAUCUUUCUUCUUAUUAAUGAAAGUUUUAAAUUUGGAAUAUUUUGAAACAAAAUACAGUCAUGACUGAGAAAAUACUCUAAUAUCUAGGAAAUAAAAGAGAAGAUAUUUUUAAAAACAAAUUUGAUUUUAAAAUAUAUGUUUUUGGUUCAAUUAUUUAUCUUGAAAUUAAUAAAUUUCUAUUUUUAUUUCAUUUUUUUACACUUUUUAUAUUUCUCUAUUGAAAACGUGAUAGAGAACUAGUAUGAAAAGGACUCCUACUAUAUAAUGUUCUACAAAUAACUUACAGUUCUUACAAAAAAUCCUUUACCACUUACUCUUUUUGUUUUGUUUGACCAUUUGGAUUAUGCACAGUGUUAAAACUUACUUUCUGAGAUCUUUGAAGUUCUGUGUAUAAGAAUACAAUUAUAUGAUUGGUCAUUAAGAGCAAAUGAUUACAAGUGUGGUUGUAGAUCUAAAGUGCUACUUUACAUAGAUAAUUAUGUUGUUGUUUUUUUUACUUUAUUACAUUAUAGAAGAUAUGUUGUAUAUAUACAUUUUAUGUCGUUUAUACAGAGAUACUAUCUAGCAAGAUUGUAUCAUAGAGACCCUAAACUUCGUGAUAGGACAUAUAUCAGACCUAUCAAACUUCGUUAUCUUUGUAAAUGUAUGCAUACUGAUGUUUGUCAUAAUGUCAGGAUUUUAAAAAUACAAUUUUGUUACCUUGACAA